GCUGCUUCUGUAGCCAGCAGCUUUCAAACCUUGCAGGCUUUUGCUCUCUGGGAGCUUGUAAUAAGACAUACUCCUCUUACAAGAGUUCAUGCUACAACAUAGCAAAGAACUUUAAAUUUUUGGAAGAACAGUAUAUUCAUUUUGGCAUUGUUCAGAGCAAAGUAAACUCGGUGGCCUCUUCUUCUCCGCCCCUCAAAAUGAUAGCAAUCUCUGCUGUCAGCCAUGCGCUCCUGUUCUCCCUUCUCUGUGAAGCAAGUACCGUCAUCUUACUCAAUUCCACUGACUCAUCCCCGCCAACCAAUAAUUUCACUGAUAUUGAAGCAGCUCUAAGCGCACCACUAGAUUCUACGGAUCUCCCCAAAGCCAGGCGGAAGCGCUACAUUUCGCAGAAUGACAUGAUCGCUAUUCUUGAUUAUCAUAAUCAAGUUCGGGGCAAAGUGUUCCCACCCGCAGCAAACAUGGAAUAUAUGGUUUGGGAUGAAAAUCUUGCAAAAUCUGCAGAGGCUUGGGCGGCUACUUGCAUUUGGGAUCAUGGACCUUCUUACUUGCUAAGAUUUUUGGGCCAAAAUCUGUCUGUCCGAACUGGCAGAUAUCGUUCUAUUCUCCAGUUGGUCAAGCCAUGGUACGAUGAAGUGAAAGAUUACGCUUUUCCAUAUCCCCAGGAUUGCAACCCCAGAUGUCCUAUGAGAUGUUUUGGUCCUAUGUGCACACAUUAUACACAGAUGGUUUGGGCCACUUCCAAUCGGAUAGGAUGUGCAAUUCAUACUUGCCAAAACAUGAAUGUGUGGGGAUCUGUAUGGCGCCGCGCCGUGUACUUGGUAUGCAACUAUGCCCCAAAGGGCAAUUGGAUUGGAGAAGCACCAUAUAAAGUAGGAGUGCCGUGUUCAUCCUGUCCUCCAAGUUAUGGGGGAUCUUGUACUGACAAUCUGUGUUUUCCAGGAGUAACGUCAAACUACCUAUAUUGGUUUAAAUAAGCUUACCUUUUUCUCCAGGAAAUGUCAUGGUUUCUGGGAAUCAUAAGCAUAUAUAUAUAUUGAAUUUUGCACAUAUUAUACAUAUUUUAUAAUGAUAAACUUGUUUCAUUUUAGUAUUCAUUUGUAUAGUAUUUUUCUAGUAUGCCGUUUAAUCCUUGAAUACAAUCAAAACAUCCAUUUCUAUUUUCUGACCUCUAAAUUAAAAUAUUGUAUAGGUAGUGAUGACAUAGUUGAUGCAGUCAAUUCCAAAACUUGCAUUCCAAAGGAAUUAUGAUAUUAUGUUCCUAAAGAAUAAAAUAUACCUUCGACCUGUAAUGUGUAUGUGUGCAUUAUACACAUAUAUACGGACAUAUGUGUAUGUAUAUGCACACAAACAUACUAUGUGAUGCAACACAUAGAUAUUACAAUACAAUGGUUAACUUGAGGAAACUUUAAAAAAUAUUCUAAAAUAUAUUUGAGGUGGUGGUACAUCUUAGCACCAAUUCUGUAAUAUGCACAAAAAUGAUAGUUUGCAAAAUAACACUCGCCCAGUGAUACCUGAAAAUAAUAAGUCAAUUAAUGGAUCAAACAUUUCAGAGUUAUUUUAUAUUAUUGGAGUCUUCCAAAGGCUGUGCUCAUUUUAUGUAAAUUUAUACAUCCCACCUUUUGUUUGGUCUUAUUUGAUUGAAUCAGUAGUCACAUGUUGAGUUCUUUCUACAGGCAAGGCACUCUGGUGGUUAUGUUCUGAUAAUGCAAAGAUAAUUGGAUAGAGUUCCUGCCUUAAGAAGCUCACAGAGAUAUUUAGGAAACAAUGCAAACAAUUGAUUUUUUUCUGCAAAAUUGUGUUUGUUUUUUUUUUUUAACAAAUUGUUUUUCACGUAGCUGUGAGAAAGCGAACACAGCAACAGCAUUCACCUGUAGGUGGACUAAAUGAUAAUCUGGCUAACAUGGAAAUCUGAUUCCCAGGAAAUUUCAGCUACAGCCCUUGGAAAAAGAGAGACAGAAUAAAUGACUCCUUAGAAAUUUCUGGAGCAAGACAGAUAGUGGUGACUUUGGAAAGCUGAAAAAGCAAGACCCACAGAAAACUCAUCAAGAACAGAGAAAGCGAGGUUUAGAGGACAGGUGUGAAAAGUCACAGAUAUAGUGUUAAUGCCCAAAAAAAAGAUCAGGGGGAGAGCUUCAGAAGGGCAUAUCCUGAGGGCUAGUACAUCUCCAGGCCCAUUGUGAGAUGGUGAAGUAGUUCAGGAAGAGAUGAGGUGGUGUUUCCACCUUCUCAUCAUUGUUCUGCCUGUCAUUAUCUUGUGUGUCAAUCAUCUUGGGCCUUCCAUUAUCAUAUUAAAGAUCUUUCAUACACACCACAUACAGCUAUGGUUUAUAUUAGCAAAGCCCUCUUCAGAUUUUUCCUACAGACUAAUUACUAAUUAUUGUUUCUAGGUUUCUGUGGGAAAAAUAACAUUUAGUUCCUCAUUAACUGUAAUUUAUUUGAUUUAUGUGAAAAUCAAAUAAAUCACUAUGAAAAUUUUACUGCGGUGAUUCAAAAAUUAUGAUUCUUCACUUACAUAAAUCUUUCAGAGUGGAAAAUACAACAUCUGGGUCAAGACAGUGAACCCAUUACAUUUCACAUGUAUGUAUGUUCAGUCAGGUUGUGUAAUGGUUGCAUAGGAUUACAGAGCAAGUAAACAUGGUUAGUUCCAGUGUGCCAAUAACAGAAAGAAGCUACUAGUUUAAAUUCUGUCCACAUUUGCAGUUUCUUAGGGUGGAUACCUUGAAAAAUGACACUUAAUUAGAGCCACUCCAAGGGAGAAUAAUCCAACAUCUGGAGAUUGGGUCUACUUGAUGAAAAACAACUGGCCUAAUUACUAUUACAAAUUAAAUAUGGUGACCAAAUGUUUUAUAUGAGACUUCUCUGCUUUUGUGGGCUUAUAUGUGGACCGUAUUAAAAUAAAUAUGUUUGGGAAUAAAACUAAGAACAGAAAUAAUUAUAUGAUUUAGGGCUCAAUCCAACUUUCAAGUCUUAAGAUGCCUAGGCAAUUGGACCGAAAGCCCAUUAGUGGGAUAUUUGCUUGAUUUUUUUUAGGAAGUGUUUCCAUCCUCAAUGUUACUAUAGUAUUCUGCAAAAACUGUAGUGAGUACUAUUCAAUAGAUGUUGACUAUUCUCAGUGCCAGUUCUUUUGCUCGCUUGUUUGGGUAGCUUAGUUUCUCAGUUCUCAGAAUAAUGAAAUUUGCUCUGUAUUUCAUAGAGAUUUCUAUGAAGGUAAAUUUGCCAAAGUAAUAGAAAUUUAUAAAAAUUAAAAUUAUAAUUAAUAGAGCUCCUCUUGGCAUGAACUUUGUCUAAUUCUUUGUAUUCUGGCUUCUUCUACAGUAGCUGUAAUGUAAUGAGUGUUUAAUGAAUGCUUAUUUGAAUGGAUUUUUAGAAUUAGCUUUCAAAGCUUAUUUAGAGGAAUCCCACCUUUCCUUUAUUUUUGUUCAGAUAAGACUAUCUUAAAUAUAAAGCUUUGAAUAUAACAAAAAUCCAGAUAAAUCAUCAAACUUAUUGGAGUAAGACUAGGAUCUACAUACUUAUAAAUGACACUUACAUAAUUGUUCUUUCCAAACCACAACUAGAACCAUAACUUUAUUUAUAAUUUAACAACUAAGCUAAAAAUUAUAACGGGUAUAUUUGUUAUUCUAUCUAUUCUUUUUAAAGUUAGUAAUAUAAAAUGGCCACGCGAAAUAUUUUAUUUUCUAAGCUGAAGCAAAUGAAAAUUUGCUAGUAUCAAAGUAAUGUGUCGUAUUUUUCACAACAUGCAACAAUGGUGCUAAGAGAAUCAUUUCACACUGUAAUUCCCAGAGGCAGAAAAAGUCUGGGAAUAAGCUAUUUCAUAAGAGCAGCUUUAUUUAGUCAGUAUUAAGGUUUUCAUUUGGAAGGUUUCAUUCAAAAGAAAUAGUAAUUGUCAUAUAUGCUCUAGUACAUUGGCAUUUUCCCCCUCACACCACCAUUUAUGCCGUAGAAAAUUCAAAAAUUUUGUCAGUUUUUUUGGCCUCCAUGUCAGCAAAAAUCUGAAAAUUUUUUUUACAACUUUAGCUAUUAAACUGGUUCAUCUCAUUAUGGAAUUGUCUGUGAGCUGUAGGCAUACUCUUAAUAUUCCUGGUUAGGAUAGAUAAGUUGGCUUUAAACAUGUGGAAGAAACAAUUAUUAGUACUGUUGUUUUUUUUCCUUUUGUUCAGAAGUCUAAACACCAUUACUUCUGUAGCCCAUCAGAACUGUCCAAGGAGUUUCAUUUGGCCAUGUGGUCACCUUCAUUUAAAAUACCCAUGGAAACAUUCAUUUGCAGAUUCCAUGCAGCUGUAGCAGAGAGUGGACUGAACUAGAGAGCAAGUUCAAUCAAUACAAUUAACUCUGAAUAUUUGAAUUGGAAACAAUAUAUAUUUUCCCCACUUAUAAAUGCAUGUGUUGAAUCAACUUAUAAUAUCUAUAUAAGUAAAUCAAACACAUAUUUAUGUCAGUUUAAAUGUUUUAGGUUCCCACCCUGCUUAUUAAAUAAACGUACAAGCUAAACAAAUAACUCAAAUGUUUCUAAGAAGGAAAAGUAAUGCUGAGAUCUUGGUCUGUUUUCCAACAUAUGACAACAUACCUUAGGUUCCAUAAUAUUAUACAAUAUAAACCUUGCCAUACAUGGAAGCCUCUACCUACUGAAAUAUAUAAGAAUAAUAAAUUUGUGUUUCUAUUAAUAUCUAAAAUUAUUUUUGCUUUUAUAUUUUUUUGUAUUGUCAUUAUAUCUGUGGAUGAAGACUUUUAAACACAUGCAAAAUGAUUUUUAAAAACUAUGUCAUGGUCUAACUUUGACUUAUGAAGGGUCAGUCAAAAACUUAGUUUAAUUUCUCACUGGUCAAUGGUGCUAAAACACAUUACAAUUAUUGUAUACUUGCUAUAAUUUUGAGGUUUCUUUGAAGUGAAGGCUAUUACUAAGGGUGAAUUAUCAAUAUCUGUUCUGGUGCUAAAUAUAUGGUGCUAAAUGAAUUGAUAGUGUUAAUGGCUUUAGUAAUGUUCCUUUCAGUCAUUCAUUUCGUGACUCACAUAUUAAUAUAAACCUUUAUUAAAUUAAUCUUCACCAAAAUCAGACCAGUUAAAUCUUUCUGUCUUUUGGUUUAACAGUCCAACAUUAUUGAGGUGUUGCCUAAUGUAAAUAUUUCUUAAGGAGCCAUCUAUUUUCUUCUUUGAGGCAUAUUUUUUUAGCUUGGCAAUGCCCAAAUUCAAAUAUCUCCUGAGGGUGAGAUUGCCCUGAUUAACCAUGCUGCAGGCCCUGGCGCCCUCUGGUGGUUGUAAAACCAAACUCUUGAUGGCUCCUUGGCCUACUGCAAAAUCCAUUUGUGCUCAGUAAAUAAGUUGCAUAAUAUUAAAGUUCUCUAAUACUCCAUAAAUCUGACAGAAUUUAGAAUGCUUGACUCUAUUGACAUACUUUUCUAAGAUAAAGAAGGAGACUUAAUAUAUCCUGGCACUCAUUUUCCUUAAAAAAUAUUAUUUUUGUAUGAUUUUCCAGUUCUAAGGUGCUUUUUAAAGUGUAUUUUUUUUGAACAAGGUAUUACUAGAAGAUAUUUUAUUUGGUUUAUAUCAUAAGUACAAUUAUUGUUAGAAUUAUCAAAAAGAAUAACAGCUGUGUCUUAUUUUCAAGAGCAAUAGUUUAACUUUGGUUAGCAUAGUAACUAAGAUAAAAAGAGAAAUACUAAAAUAAUAACUAGUUACAUAUGGAAAAGAAUGAUAUUGACACCUUUAAUUGUUGAUCUAUUUCUUGACAAUGAUAUUUGGUCAGAUUAUUGAAAUAAUGAUAACAUUAUUUCAUUCAAAGUCCUUCUAGACUAACAAAUGUACACAAAAGGUGAGAAUUGUGUCACCUAUAACCAAUGAAGGCAAUGCAUAUUCUCAGGCAAAAUUUUAGUUAAGAUAUACAAUUGACUGAGGGUGUUAAGUCAUUUGUUUUGACAGAUUUCUUAAACUAUGCUAGCACAAAAUUUACUUUGAAGUUACCUUCCAAAUUAAUAUUUUCAAAUUGAUUUUAAGGCAAUAAACCUUUUCUAUAAUCUAAAUUUUAUGGAAAUAGAUUUUACGAAAAUAUCCUAUGAGGACCUCAGUUAUUUCUAUGGUUCUUUUAAAUCUUCAGUUCACUAUCCAUGUGUUUAAGCCUGUUAGUUUUGUGGAGAAUCAAAUGCUGGUACAAACUGGUGCCUGGUUAAUGUUUCAGCAUCUUGUGUUUUGUUAUUUGAUAAGCAGACUUUUGGUACCAUAAUAUGAGUUAGAGGUGAUUGUGAUGCACAUAUGAAAACAACAUGUUUUUAAAAUACAUAAAUAUGUUUCAUAUAUUUAUACAGUCCUAAAACAUGCUACAUUAUUUCAGGUAUUUUUUUAAAAAACAUUAAUUGGGAUAAGUUUGAUUCAUUACCUAAUGCUGUAGCAAUGCAAGGUGCCUUUGAUGUUAUGAUCUAAUGUCAUGAAUGUGUACAUAUAUAACACCUGUGUAAACCUUUGUUCUUGUGGAUCAUAACACAUGUAGCUUUUUGAGUUCCUCUGUAUUAUUUUUUUUCUUUCAAUAAAAUAUUAUACUUAA